AUGAGCGAAUGUAAUGGGUUCGUUUUAAAAUAGGACUUUAUUCAAUCGGUAUAACUGACGCAUAGUCUAUGAAUAGUUGAUAGUUCAGACUGUGAUCGUCUUCAAUGAGGAGCUUCUAACAAAGACCAGGCGAAACUCCAGAUGCAGCGGGGUCCGGUUCAACCUCCGCCCUUCUCUGGCCGCUCAACCUUCGGAAAUUUAGGCGCUGUCGGCAGCAUUGGAAUGUCCUCGCUUCGCUGGCGGCUCAGGGACGGCCGGGAUUUCAACCUGUGGCUGUUGACGUGACGCCGUGUGGACGGCGGGGCGGGUGCGGGGGGUAGGAGAGAGUGGGUGGCCGAAGCGGACCGUCGCCAAUGCUCUGCUUACACGUGUCGGUGGCCGGGUCCCGGGGCGCUGCUGCCAACCGGACUCUCCCUGCCCAUGGCACCGGGCACAGAACCGCGGCACUAGGGCGAGUGAGCAACCCGAGGCGCCGUGCACUGAGCGGCGAAGAUCCGGCGGAGCGCCCGGAAACUCCCGGGGCGGAAAGAGAGGGAGCGCCGAUGAGGAGAGAGGGAGAUUCUCGCCGGAUUAACGCCGGCGGGGCGGAAACUCGGGCGGGAGAGAGCGGCUGCCCGGCGAGAGAGUCCCCCGCCGACUUUUCCGGCUAUGAGACCGCCGCGGGUUUGGAAAUUUGCGAAAGUUUCAGCGACAGCGACAAAGGCGGGUCCGCCGGGCAGGAGGCUGCGUUACGCCUUUCCUCUGGUUCGCAACUGGAGCGUAAGGUCGGCGGAGAGAGGCUGGACGGAAAGCCGGGCGGAGGGGAGGGCGACUACGCCGAAGUGUGGUCGGAAUUGGCGGCGGGAGGCGGCGACGAGCUGCAUUUCAUUAGCACCCACCAGAUCCAGCUGUAUGAGCUGGACCAUGACGGCUGUGAAUUUGCGCUGGGAUCUUCCUGUGCGCUGGAGGAGAGCAGCGCCGUCUAUUCCUUGGUGAGCAGCAGCUCCCCGGAGACCGACGCCUCGGAGGAAGGCUCCGUGACCCCUCAGGCUCCAAGCUGCGCCGAAGAAGCGCCGCCGGAGGAAGCGCCGGUGCAGGAAUCGGUGGGAGCCGGAGAUGCCCCGGGGCAGGGGGGCGCUGCCAUCUCCGGCGGGCCCAUCCACUUGUCGAUCCGGGCCAGUUCGCGGGCGGUGGGCGAGGAGCGGCAAGCUUGCGCCGAUGGAGGCUGGCGAGGGGGUGGCGGCGCUCGGAGAGCGGGGGUACCGGCGGAGCGCAGCCGCUGUAGCUCCAGCGCAGUGAGCGAACUGGACGAGGCGGACAAGGAAGUUCGCAGCUUAACCGCCCGGAGUUUCCGUAGCCUCGCGUGUGGGGGGGGUGAUGAGUAUCUGGACACUUACUGCGCCGGGAAUAGAUCGACCGAUUUGUCAUCGCUGUCAGAGGGAAGUAUCGGGUGUAGCCGCUGGGCACAGUACGUCGAUGCACAUUGUCGCAAAUCAAUGGGGUUGACGGAUCGCAGCGAAUUUCCUGCCGAGUCAGCAAACCGGAGCGUUAGCGCCCCGGGUCAAGACACCGUGAGCCGCAAUGGCCUAGACGGAGGUCCAGGGGAACGAUCCCCGCAGGGAGAGGGGCCGCAACCCGCCAGCGCCACGCAGGAAAACUCGGCGCAGUGCUCGGCCAGCCAAGGGCCGAGCGGAGAAGCGGCGCAACUCGGCUCGAGGGUAAUCACGUUAGCGGAGACGGUGAAGCUCGGCCACGACCCGAAGGAGCAUGGGCGGCAGCUCCGGGGAAAUUCGGGCGCCGGUGGCCCGAGCGAAGAGUCGGCCGCGGGUGUAGGCGGCCCGGAACGGCGCAGGAGCGGCGCAAAGAUGGCGAGGCCGCAGCACAAGUCGAAGCUGGCGUCCAGUUUGCUGCAGAACAUCAUCUGGAAGCGAAUGCAGUUCGAGCAGGAGCUCCGUAUGGAGAGGGGGGAGAUCAGCGACACCUCCUCCCCGGGGCGCUGCAGCCCUCCAGCCGAGGCACCCCGGGCACCCGAGCCCGGCCAUUCAGCCCGAGCGAACCUGUUCGCCAGCCAGCGCAGUGCUUUCCGCGCCUGGGCGGACGGAGCCGACCGUUCCGCCAAAGCGGGACAGAGCGUCCGAGCGGAAAUUGGGACGCAAGCGCAGGGCAAGGCCACCAAGAUGUCCCACUUGUUCGUGCCCGGGAUCCAGCGGGCACCGACUGGCACCGGGCCCAGGAAAGCGGCCCCCCAGCCCCCCCGGGGCCGCCUGCUCCCUCAAGGGGCAGCGGAGACGAAGAGCGCCGCCGUCCGCUCGCCAGAAAUCCGCAUCAAAGUGAGGAGCCGCUACAGCCCGGGACCGGAGGCGGGUCCCGAGGCCCGGUGCCAGGUGCUGUUGGCAGACGCCGGGCACGGGGCUGGGGGCAGGGCCAGGGCUCAGCAUUUCACCGUCAGGGACAUCCGCGACAACAUCCAGAGGAUCCAGGCUCCGCUCCACCGGGUCCGGGACGUCCGCAAACUCCUCAAGAGCUCCUACCACAUCGUUACGGUGCACGGUGGUACGGCGCCCCGGGAAGGGAGCGCACCGGCCCCUGCCACCCACCGCAGCCCCUCUCUGCCCAUUGUGAUCAAGUGCCAGGCGGUCAGUAAGGGGCAGCUCCCCGGCAGCUGGAAGUCCCGCGACCGGCCCAGUGGCGGAGGCGGGAGCCCGGAGAACGCCGUGACCGAUAGCCCGGUCCCGCUGCCAGCGGCAAGCCCCGAGCCCCCGGACACCGCAAUGAUCGCCGGCUCCAGCUCGGUGCCCAGAGCCCGUCUCCCCAUCACCGGCCCCGGGAGAGCGGCGGCGAGCCCUCCCGCCACCGGAGGGACGGCCCCGGGACCGGACAAGGCGCUCGGUACCGGCUGCCAGGCCGAGGCGAGUAAGCGGCUGGCGCUGGAGAAGUUGACGGCGGCCGUGAAGAGUAUGGAGCAGCUGUACGUCUUCGACCGGAACGAGUGGAAGCGCAAGACCGACGCGGCUCCCGGUACCGGGGCUCUGGCCGGGAGUCACGUCCUGUCCUUGAUCGCCAGCGAAGAGGCAUCGAGCUCCGACCGGGAGGCACCGGCGGCCGCUCGGGCUCCCGAUCCCACUCGCAAAGCCGAACCGUCCGCUGCCGCCGGUGUCCCCAAGACCCCCGGAGCCGCCACGGCCCCGCAGCUCUUCACCGUGGCCCCGGUGAGCCAAGCCGCCCCCAGGAGAGAGUUCGAACCGUCGGCCGCUGUCAGAUCCCCGCCGGUACAGCCUGAAGUGCGCUCGGUACGGGCUCCCCGCCGCCCGUCGCUGGAGGAGACCGAGAAACCGGCGGACGGCAGGAGCGGCGGCCCGGCUCAGCCGCAAGCCCCGCCGGCGGAGUUUGAGAACUACCUGACCAUCCCGAUCAAGCAGCCCCCUGCCGCAGCGCCUGCCGCCGCCUACUCCGUGACCCCCGGCCGCCUACACAGCCCGAGCCCCAAACAGCAACGGGAGCCGUCGCCCGCCACCAUCUACCACCAGCCUCCGUCCCAGAGACUCAGCAUCAACCCUGCCGGGGUGCAGCCCCCAGAGCCGAUCAGCCAGGCCAAGUUGGUGGAGAGCUCGUGUUUCCCGGCCCCGCACACGCAGCGCAAGAUGUUGCUGGACCCGGCCACCGGCCAGUACUACCUGGUGGACACGCCGGUACGGCCGGCUCGCAAGCGGCUGUAUGACCCGGAGACCGGGCAGUUUGUCGAUGUACCCAUGACUCAACAAACCAUGGCGCCAGUGUCCGUGCCCAUCUCGCCCAUUGCAAUCAACCCUAGCGCCUAUGGAACCAGCUACAUGCUGUACCCUGGGUUUCUGCCCACGCCAGCCGUGCUGCCCCCCGUACAGGGCCAGCUGCCCCGGGCCGACAGCGAGUGCAAUGACAGUGUGAAGCCCCCCAGCGCGAUCAGCCAUCCCGGGGAAGCCCAGUACGCGGAGAGCCCCUAUUACUUCCCAACUGGCAGGUCCCUGAACCCCACACAGUCUCUGACCUCUCAGCAUACAGCUAGAGCUACCCAGGGCGUCCCAGACGGCAAACCAGUCAUCAGCAUCACCUCUCAGCCUGGGCCAAGAAUCAUAGCACCGCCGUCCUUUGAUGGGACUACCAUGAGUUUUAUCGUGGAGCACAGAUGAAAGUCCUGGAAUACUGCGUGAGGAGACGUGACUGAAGAAUGUUGUAUGAAGACUGCUUUAUAAUGCAAAACAACUUCUUAAAACUUCCUUAGGAUUUUCCUGUUCUCAAAUGUAGUUGUGCGUGUUUAAUAUAAGUUCUUUACUAUUCAAAGAAACAAGCGACAUUUAUUUGGCAGCAUGUAUAAAUAUUUUAUGCCAGAGCAUUCAAUGCCCUUUAAUUUUAACUACUGACAACACUAGACGACUGUGCAUCUGCUCAUCAUUUCAAUAUUAAAGAUGAUAACUGGUUUGUCAUUGUAGUGAAUCUUGUGCAUGACAGCACUUUGAUGGUGGAAGAGUUGAUAGCAAUGAGUCACAGAUAAACUAAUAUUUGACUUUGAGGCAUUGAGGAAUAAUUCAGUGACCCUGUUUGAAUUUGAGCCAGAGCACUCAAGAAAAUAUUAUUCACAAGCAAGCCCUAACUUUCUCUCUAAUGAACUGUGACAUAGGUCAUUCAGUGAAGGAUAAUAUUACCAAGUGUGCAGCCAAUCCAUCUGUUACAUACCUCAAUUCAAACUUUAUUAAAGGUUUAAGCUGCAAAAGCCUCUUGUAAUAGAGCUGUGCAAAGCAAAAAAAAAGUAUCUAACCAACAGAAUAGUUUGUCCUGGUUUUAGAUUUCAUGUUUUAUUUGAUUCAAACUUUCUGACUCCUGGUAGGUCUAGAUGGCUGUUUCCCUGUGAUUUUGUGACAGUAGCAAUGCAGGUGAAUGUGAUUUAGCCUGACUACUUUUUUUUAAGCAAAGCGAAGACUUGAAUAAAGUAAAGCAGAUGGUUCCUUGAAGUGCUCCAUAUUCGCUCUGUAACUGUUAGUUAUUGUAAGUACAUCCAUUGGUUAACUAAUACCAGAUGGAGUAUAGACCUGAAGGUGGUAAUGACCGUUACCUAUAAUGAUAGUUACAACUUGCAGCUCUUUGCAUUUUAUUUCAUAUGCUCUGGCAUAGUAUCAGCCAAUUACACAUUAUAUGACCAACAUUAUUCAUGGCUAUUGCACAAUGGAGUCUCACCAUCGGGGUGCAUUUCCAAAAUAUUCUUUAAAAUUAACAAAUGGGAAAUCUGGCAACAUGCGCUUGCUGUUUCCUGAAGCAUGUCCCUUGGGUGCCCUGGCGGAAACGUAAACAUCAAAAAUCUGAUUGUUGCACCCUACUACCAUCAGUCAGAUUCUGCACCCUAACAUCAGGAAUUCUGAGUGGUGCUUUCAACUAAAUUCAGGAGCAAAUAACAGGCAUAAUCUAGUGAGAGGUGACUUGUAAUUUUAUGGGACAGGACUGUCCGAGUUCCUUAAUUUCAGUGGUGUGUGGAGAUGAUACUCUCUGGUUUGUUAUAGAAGGUCCUGGUGCUAUGUCAAUCCUGUUUACAAUUGCUACAAUUCUCAGGGUUUCUAGCAAGACCAAUUGCACUUCUACACUGCAGGCAGAACUAAUCUGUUACUGAACCAACAAAAAGACAGAUUUUUACUUCUUUUUAAGAUGAGUGUUUUAAAGGUAUUCAAUGACCUGCACUGCCCAGUUGUAACAGUCACCUCUGGGGUAAGCACUGAAUUCUGAAGCAUUUGCUGAUCUCAUUCUAAUUGUGGUGUUAAUGAUGACUGCAGCAGGCCUGUGCUGAAAGUUGGAUUAUUGGGAUUUUUGCACAGUUUCUGUUAAAGUAAAACAGUUUCAUUGUUUCAUGUCGGAACAGACUUCUCCGACACUCUACAGGGGAGGAGGUAUCGUAGAAAACUUAAAUCACCUUUGCUGAUUAAUUUCAUUCAUUUUACUUUGAGUGGAUUUCUGAACAAGUGUUAACAAGAAAUGCAAGUACUGUGUGGAGGCACCAAAGAUCUCAGCCAUGCAACCCAAGUAAGGUGGUAAUGCAUUUUCAAGAACUUUGGGCAGUUGUCUAGCAAACCUUUCCAAUCAGUGAAAAUCUGAUUUAAUAUUAGCGAACAUCUGAUUAAAGCAGAGGUUUGCUGGAAUGCUAAACAAAGGUGAGAAAUUUUAAGCUGUGCUCAAAAGUUCAGAGAAACCAUGAUAAUUUGAUUGAAAAGAAGUUUUCAAAAUUUGAAGGCUGUGGAUAGAGUAAUGAAUGAGUAACUAUUUUUUUUGUACAGUGCGUCAUCAUAAUUGGGGAAAUUGAGAAUGAAAGGAUGAUGGAAGCAAAUUCAAUAAUGACUUUCAAAAGGGAAUAGGAAAUGUGCUUGGAAGGGGCUAAUUUGUGGGUCAGUGAGGGAUCAGAAGGGGUAUUGGGACUAACUGGAGAGGUCUGUCAAAGGGUAAAGAAAUUGAACCAAAUAGUCUAUUUUUUCACAUCAUUCUAAAAUUCCAACUCAACUUGUUGAUUUGCUCACUUCUGAUUGUUCAAAAUGUCACCGUCAAUGCAAACUAGGAAAAUGAAGUCCGUGUGUACAUAUGGACCCCAUGGACCCUGCUCAAUAUCUCAGUAUCUUCAAAUGACCCACAUUGCUAAAGAGAAAUGAAUACAGUUUGGAAAUAUUUCAUUACCCCAUAUUUCCGCGGAUGGGUUUGAACAACCUCCAAAACAGUUACUCCCAAACUGGAAACAGGAUAGGUUCUGGCCCAGGGUUUGUCAAAAAUUCAAAAGUCUCAUUCUAACCAUCAAUAUAUACAACAUCAAAAAUAAAAGUGUUGCCACAGAAGGUGUCAAUCAGAGGUCCCAGUUUAGACACAUUAAGGGUAAAAUUCACUCGUGUUCCUGAAAGAGAAUCGUUGUUUCUUCGUAAUCUGCAGGAAGUUUGGAGCAUGCUGUUUCUAAGAUUGCAAACCCCUAAUAUCAUAUUAAUUUUGAUAGGAAGGAGGUGAGCUCUGCAGUAACUCAUACUAUCACUGAGCCAGGAGCCAGUGUGAAUUUUAGUGGGAAAAAGGGGAAAUUGUUCAGUAUCAACACAAGUCUGUUCAGAUGCUGUCUCUGCUGUCUCAACACAUUCUCUGCCCCAAAAAACACCAGCUACAUGAACUCACAGAAGAUGGUGGUCUUGCCCUUUUGGAUUAUAGAGCCCAUUGAGCUAAAUCAGGGUUUACGUGAAAUUAUAUUCUCAUUCCCAUUGGAAUUCCUGCAAAUAAAAGGAUGUAGUUUUAAAUGAAAAUGUAUUACUGUAACAUUUUUUAAACAAUACUGCACCAGCAGGUGUUCCUGCAGGACCUGGCUGCCAGAUGCUGAUGAGUUUCCAUUCAUUUGUGAAUCCAAACAACUGGAUGUGUUCUUAACUCUUGGUGGAUGGGGAAAGGGCGAUUUUUCUGCAUCUUUCAAAUUGGUUGUGUGCAGCAAUUACGGGGAAAAAGACAAACUGGAGUCCCAUGCCUGAUUUCCAUCCACCACGUUUAAACAGAGAGAAAAUUAACUGAGUCCUUUACGAGUAACAGUCUGAUCUGCUUGAUAUUCUCUUUCAUUCUGACUUACUCCAGGCAAUCCACCAGGGAACAGGGCAAGAGAAAUCUUCUUGAGCCUGAAAUGAUUUUGAAGAGAAAGCUGUCUGCACUGGACCAUCUUUAAUUCCCUUCUUUACAGAUUAAUACCACAACUAAAGAUUUGUAAUGCAAUAGAGUAAUCAGCUCUGAAGAAAUUGCAGCGUGCACUUUCAGUCUGGUAUCAAAUAUGUGUUCUGAAAUGUUAACUGUAAUUCAGGGUUCACAAGCUGCUAAGGCUGCAACUGUGUUAAAAAUUAUUUGAUUUUCAGAUGAGUCAUUAUUUUCUCCUUUUCCAUUGCCUUGGUUAGUAUUGUGUCUUAUUUUAUUGAAUGAGAGGUCAGUAACUCAAUUGCUGUCAAGUACAUGUCAAUGGCACCUUCCUGGGUUGGCCACACUAUGUACAUUGGCAUAACUGUGGAUGCCGGAAAUCUGAGACAAACAAAAACAGAAAUUACUGCAGAAACUCAGCAGGUCUAGCAGCAUCAAUGGGGAGAGAAUAAGCGUUAACGUUUCAAGUCCAGCAUGACUGUCCAGACUGCACUCGAACAUUAACACUUUCUCUGUCCAUACAUGCUGCCAGACCUGCUGAGUUUCUCCAGUAUUCUCUGUCUGUUCUGUUGCACCAACACUGAACAUUGUGAGAAAAAAUUACUGCAGAUGCUGAAAACAGAACUGAAAUCAAAAAUGCCUGAAAUCGCAGGGGCUCAGGCAGCACCUAUGGAGAGGGAGGAAGCUAACGCUUCGAGUCUGGACUACUCUUCAUCAAAGCUGACCAAGCUCUAAUGAACAGUCACCUAGACCUGAAAUGUCAGUUUGCUGUUUGUCCAUGGAUGCUGCCUCAUCCAUUGUGAUUCCCAGAAUUUUUUUGUUUUCUGAACAUUGUAAUGCAUGCAUUGUACGUGCACCUAAUUUCACAUAGCCAAGCGUUCCACCCACAGUGUCUACUGUUUACACUGUUUCAAUAUGUCAGAUGUAUAUUGUAAAAAGCAUGUUCACAGUAGGUGUAAAGAUGGUCUGAGUUAUGUUUGACAGAGAUGUAAAGGAAUCCUGUAUUGAAUAAGAACCACUGAGUUACUAUUGUAUCUAGCUCUGUGGGAAUUGAAGACAGAUCCCAAUUCAAAAGAGCAAUUGUUGGUUGAAGCAUUGGCUGGCUGUCAGGAUUAGUGUGAAGUUGAAGCGGGAGCGGAGCAAAAUGUGGAACACAGAAAUGAGGUUGAGAAAGAUCCUCAAAACUGAGGAUAAAAUAUUGUAAAGAUACAGUGUUCAUCAGGAAAUUGCACUAGUCAAGUGUUGCACAUAGGGAAAGUAUUUUAUAACUGUGUUAAUAAAUGGAGGACUGUUUCUUAUUUCUUCAUAAUGUCAAAUAUGGAAGCAAUGUGCAGGCCAAUAUUGUAAUGGAUUUGCCAAAUAAAAAUGAUGUAAUUUUCCAGUGAA